AUGCGUCUCUCACCAUGUCUGGUCGUUGCCGGCCUUUCGACGAGCGUGCACGCUUUUUAUCCGUGGGAGCUUAAGAUCGCAACGGGCGCGAGCAUUUCAUCCAGGCAAACCGGGUUCCGUCGAUUUAUGCCAUGGAGCUUAAUUCCGGAAGAAUCAGAGGAGGAGGAGACCGCGCCGUUGACGCUCGACAUCAAGAAAUUCCGUCGCGACUAUUCCAUCGUCGAGUCGGAGACCCCGACACUAAAGAACAGUGCUGCGUUGGACCAGGAUGGCAAGGACUUUUCCUACUUUUCGGUGGUCAAAGUUGGCUCGCAGCAGCAGGAAAUGUGGCUGGCGUUGGACACGGGAUCGCCGAGCAGCUGGGUGUUUAGCUCCAAGUGCAUUAGCGAUACCUGCAAAUCCCAUCAUACAUUCGACAGUUCUACCUCCGACACCUAUUAUUCCAACAGCUCGACCUUCAGUCUCGGGUACGGCAGUGGACAGAUCCAGGGGGAUCUCGGCCAGGAUACCAUGUCCCUUGCCGAUCUGGAUGUGACGCUGUCAUUCGGAUUCGCGACCUCGGCCACCAAGGCGUUCAACAGCUACCCAAUCGAUGGAAUUCUCGGCCUCGGACGAUCGUAUACCAACGGCUGGGAAAUUCCCUCGUUCAUGGACAAGGUCGCCGAAAAGGGCCUGAUCAGUUCCAACCUUGUCGGGUUCAGUCUGUCACGGGCAAAUGACAACAACAAAGAUGGCGAGGUUAACUUCGGGACCGUCGACACAACCAAGUACGACGGAGACAUCACCUACACCACCACCAACGCCGAUACAUGGACCAUCCCAAUGGACGAUGCCUACGUAAACGGCGUCCCCUGCAACCUAAUCGGCAAAUCCGCAAUCAUCGACACAGGCACCACCUACAUCCUAAUCCCGCCCUCCGAUGCAGCAACCCUCUUCGGCCUCAUUCCAGGCUCCUCGCAAUCCGGCGAGAACUACAUGAUCCCAUGCGACUCGACCGCGACCGUGGAAUUUGAGUUCUCGAACGUGAAAUACUCCAUCGAACCGGAGGAUUACAUCGGCUCGGAGACGGACGGAGGCUGUAUCUCGACCAUCGUCGGCCACCAAUCCUCCGGACCAAACACCUGGCUCGUCGGCGACGUCUUCCUAAAGAACGUGUACUCCGUCUUCGACUUUGACAACGGCCAAAUCGGCUUCGGGACAAAGGCCUCCAACUCCUCAUCCGGCAAUGGAACAUUCACCGCGCCGGCCGUGACAGCCGCCGGCACCAUUGCCUCUGCCGCGUCCACAGAUGCGGCCGCAGCAUCUGCCGCCGAAAAUUCAGCCACGUCGACGGCCACAUCCGGACCCGUCGCGACUAUCAACUCCGCCACUCGCUUCUCCAACGGUCUCGCCUUGUCACUAAUUAUGACUUUCGCUGCCGCCCUCAUCCUCUAA